CGAGAGUAGUUCCCAUAAUCUUCCGCUGCAGCAAGUUCAUCGCGAAUGUCCGCCAGCAGGAGGCCAUCAUAACACCCAGCGACAUUUCCUCACCAUGUCGUCCUCCUCCGUCCACGCCGAUCCUCCGCCGCCCGUCGUCACCGAGCCCAGCGGUAUCAACUAUGCUACGAGUAUUGCUUUGGGAAAAGGCGGCUUUGCGAUAUGUCACAAGGCCGAACGGCUCGAUGGCGCGAAGCCGACGGGUCACAUCGUCGCCUUGAAGAUUGUCAAGACCAAGAUGGAACCGGCGAAGUUGGCACAAAAGCUGCAAAUACACAGCAAGCUCUCGCAUCCCAACAUCGUCACCUUCUACCGAGCCUUUUCCUUCCAGACCAGCACAUAUGUCGUCCUCGAGCUGUGUCCGAACGGAUCGUUGGCCGAUAUGCUCAAGAAGCGGAAGAACUUGUCCCUGCCUGAAAUCCGCAGACUGGUAAUCCAGGUGUGCGGAGCGGUGAAAUACUUGCAUCACCGGCACAUUGUGCAUCGCGAUCUCAAAACUGGCAAUCUCUUCCUGGAUGAGCAUAUGAAUGUCAAAGUCGGUGACUUUGGCUUGGCAGCGCUGCUGGUGACCGAAAGGGAUAUGGAAGUGAGACGGAGGACGACCAUGUGCGGCACACCAAACUAUCUUGCACCUGAGAUUCUGGAGAAGGGCAAAGGACAUGAUGAAAAAGUGGACCUAUGGGCUAUCGGCGUGAUUGCGUACACGCUCGCAGUCGGCAAGGCUCCAUUCCAUGCCAGUACGAAGGAAGAGAUCUACAAGAAACUCAAGUCUGGAACAUACACGUGGCCGGAGCUGAGUGCUACGAACAACCAGAGCACUGAUCUGCGAGAUUUGGUGUCACGAAUCCUGGUAUCGGAAGAGCAGCGACCCUCUCCAGAUGAGAUCGUCAGCCAUGCAUUCUUCAAGAUUGCCUAUGUUCCAGCCGAAAUACCCACAACAGCACGAACGCUCGCUCCACAAUGGGACGUCUCCAUGCCCAGUUCGGAUACUAUUCGGCGUGGCUACAGCGAAACCUGGUUUGACUUGUGCAAAUUAUCUGGCGUGGGCGAGUACGAGCCUGGGAAGGCUUUCCCAUUGAAUGGCGGACGCAAAGUGCGAAGCAUUGUCCAUGACAUGGAACGUGAGACGCAGCUUGGGCGCCAGCCUCAGAUGCCCAUACCCAAGGACGUGGUUUAUUCCUCCAUGAUUAGCGACUUCGACGCUGCCCGAUCCACUCCGGACAACUCAACGGCCUCUGUUGAGGCAGCAAGUCGUGAGUUGAAAGAGAUUGCGCUGAAUGAAGUUGCAUCAACCAGACCUCGAGCGGCCGACUCUGAGAAGGCGAAAAGAGAUGCUGCAUUAAUGCCACCCCCGAGAGCACCAUCGAGAGCAGCGACGUCAAGAAGUGGAACUGUAAGACGACCAGCAAGAACUAUCAGUGAAGAGACCGUCGCGAAGUCGAAUGAGUCGGUCCGGAUACAGUCAGACUCAUCGUCGUCCGGACCUUCCUCAGCCGCUACUUUGAAGGUAUCGCGCGUGAGACCUGCACCGUCUUCGGCUGCGAGUGCACCCUCUACAGUGACGCUGGGAAGCACCACUAGGGAGAACAAGAAUGCCUCCUCAACAGCAGCAUCAUACCAGACAGCGAAGACGGAGCAGAGCGCAGAUCCAUUAGAGAAGCCAUCAAGGACGAACUCAGUCAAACGUAGUGCAGAUGCUAGCUUGGCCAGAAGACCUCGAGAGACCAAUCCAGCUGUACCUGGCACAGAUCCUGCUACGGUGCUCGAGAAACUCUCCGUAUUCCGAAAUAAUCUCGCGACGGCACUACAAAAAUCUGCUUCAGCGAAGACAACAUCUAGUCUUCGAUCGAACAUGCCUGAUGAGUCUGCCAAUCUGCCAUUCGUGUCCCGCUGGGUCGACUACAGCCGCAAGCAUGGCGUAGGAUACGUCCUCUCCGAUGGCACUGUUGGGUGCAUAAUCAAUGCCACAGCCAAGCCAAAGCAGACACCUACACCAGUAACUCAUGUCAUCGUCCGAAAUGGCCAGCGGUGGUUGCAGAAAGUUGGCAAGAACAAGGACUUUGCCGGCAUCGAACAAGUCCCACUUGAAGUCUUCGAAGAUGGAGACCUGGAAGGUAUCAAGCGGAAAGUAUACAAGGGCCUUGGCAGCGUCAAGGAAGGACCUCUCGCAGUCGAAGCUGAACGCAGACGGACACUGAGUGUGCUCUGGGUGAAGUUUGGCCGAUACAUGUGCCAAUCGCUGGACGGACAGGAAGAAGAUGUGGGUAAGAACCACGAUGGCAACUUUGUUCGGUUUUACCAGAGGAUCGGUAAUGUUGGCGUCUGGGCUUUUGCCGAUGGUUGCUUGCAGAUCCACUUCCCCGACCACACCAAGCUCGUCAUCUCCGCAGACGGCCGGAGUGUGUCAGCUACUGUCCUCAGCACUGAUGCGGUCUCGCACCUCUCACAAAACGGCGAGCUUCUGCCAGCACAGAUCAAUCAGCGCCAAGUCCUGGCCGACAGCAUCCAUGCCCUCCUUUUCGAGGGCGGUCGCGUACGACAACGCAUCGUCAAAGCCAACCAACUAGCCGACAAACUCGCGUUCGUACAAGAUGCCGUAUCGCAAUGGGUUGCGAAUGGCGGCUUGGGUCGACUAGAUGAAGAUGACGCCACUGGAGACAAGCUUUAUUGGGAAGGUCUGACUGUGAAAGACGGCGCCAGGAAAGUUGAUCGUGUCACUGUUGGUCGUUAUGGUGGUGAUGAUGUCAGGCCACCACUUUUGAAUGCUUAAUCGUCGUGUUGAGUGAUGUGUGACGGCCGGGAAAUUUGUUUUUGUCUUGCAUGGAAGGAAGCGUGUCCUGGUCUUUGGAUAAAUGCUGUUAUUUCGGCUUGGCGGGCGAGCAUGUUGUUGGAAUGGAUUGGAUUUGAGUAUCUUUCGUACAGAGUUGAUGGUAUACAUGGAUGAACCGGUGGUUCUCUUGCAAUUUCGACUGCUGUUCUGUUCUUUCUG